AUCCGCUGCUUCCCAGCCCGCCGCUAGCCUAGGCCGGGGGCCGGAAUGGCAGAGGGCUGGUGACGGCGGAGAGUGAGGGGCCACCGCUACCAUGCCUGGGCACGCUGGCGUCGCCCGGCUGUGCCUCCUGGCAUCUGGUCUGCAGCUCCUCCGGCCGCUGGCGGCGCAGGAGCCGGGAUGGACGAGAGGAGGAAGUGAAGAGCGCCCCCGGCCACCUCAUGAACUCACAAUACCUCAGUGGAAGCCUGCAGAAAGUUCCCGGAGAGACAAGUAUCCACUCUCUGCUGAGCUCAGGGUAAUGGCCGAGGGGCGAGAGCUGAUCCUGGAGCUGGAGAAGAACGAGCACCUGUUUGCUCCAGCCUACACGGAAACCUGCUACACCGACAGUGGCAAGCCGCAAACCACCACGCUGAAAUCUGAGGACCACUGCUUCUACCAUGGCACCGUGAGGAAAGCAGAAGAGUCCAGCGUGACACUCAGUACCUGCCGCGGAAUUAGAGGGCUGAUUACAGUGCGCAGUAACCUCAGUUAUAUCAUCGAGCCCCUGCCCGGCGGCGAGGGCCAACACCUUAUUUACAGAUCUGAACAUCUCAAGAUGCCCCCUGGGAACUGUGGGUUAGAACACGCCAAGCCCACCAUCAGGGACUGGGCGCAUCCGUUUACAUCCCAAACCAAGAAGCGACCUCGCAGGAUGAAAAGGGAAGACUUGGACUCCAUGAAGUACGUGGAGCUUUACCUCGUGGCUGAUUAUACGGAGUUUCAGAAGAAUCGGAAUGACCCGGAUGCCACCAAACACAAGCUCAUAGAGAUCGCCAACUAUGUUGAUAAGUUUUACCGGUCCUUGAACAUCCGGAUUGCUCUUGUGGGCUUGGAAGUGUGGACGCACGGGGACAAGUGCGAAGUCUCCGAGAAUCCGUACUCCACCCUCUGGUCAUUUCUUAGCUGGAGGCGCAAGCUGCUGGCCCAGAAGAGUCAUGACAAUGCUCAGCUCAUCACGGGCAAGUCCUUCCACGGCACCACCAUCGGCCUGGCCCCCCUCAUGGCCAUGUGCUCUGUGUAUCAGUCUGGAGGGGUCAACAUGGACCACUCCGAGAAUGCCAUUGGAGUGGCUGCGACGAUGGCCCACGAGAUGGGCCACAACUUCGGCAUGACCCACGACUCUGCGCACUGUUGCUCGGCCAGCGCCGCGGACGGCGGCUGCAUCAUGGCGGCCGCCACCGGGCAUCCCUUCCCCAGAGUGUUCAAUGGGUGCAACAGGAGGGAGCUGGACAGGUACCUGCAGUCAGGUGGUGGGAUGUGUCUGUCCAACUUGCCAGACACCAGGACACUGUAUGGAGGCCGGAGGUGUGGCAACGGGUACCUGGAAGAUGGGGAAGAGUGCGACUGUGGUGAGGAAGAGGAAUGCAACAACCCUUGCUGCAAUGCCUCCAACUGCACUCUGAAGGAAGGAGCCGAGUGUGCCCAUGGUGCCUGCUGUCACCAGUGUAAGCUGCUGGCUCCUGGAACCCUGUGUCGUGAGCAGGCGCGGCAGUGUGACCUUCCCGAGUUCUGCACGGGCAAGUCCCCCCACUGCCCCACCAACUUCUACCAGAUGGACGGCACCCCCUGUGAAGGGGGCCAGGCCUACUGCUACAACGGCAUGUGCCUCACCUACCAGGAGCAGUGCCAACAGCUGUGGGGACCUGGAGCCCGGCCCGCCCCUGAUCUCUGCUUUGAGAAGGUGAAUGUGGCAGGAGACACCUUUGGAAACUGCGGGAAGGACAUGAAUGGUGAACACCGGAAGUGCAACAUGAGGGAUGCCAAAUGCGGGAAGAUCCAGUGCCAGAGCACGGAGGCCCGGCCCCUGGAGUCCAACGCAGUCCCUAUCGACACCACCAUCGUCAUGAACGGGAGGCAGAUCCGGUGCAGGGGCACACAUGUCUAUCGUGGGCCUGAGGAGGAAAGUGACAUACUGGACCCCGGCCUGGUGAUGACGGGGACCAAGUGUGGCUACAACCAUAUCUGCUUCGAGGGGCAGUGCAGGAACACCUCCUUCUUCGAGACCGAAGGCUGCGGGAAGAAGUGUCAUGGCCACGGGGUCUGCAACAACAAGCAGAACUGCCACUGCAACCACGGCUGGGCUCCGCCCUUCUGCAAUACCCCGGGCCAGGGGGGCAGCAUCGACAGUGGACCUAUGCCUGCUGCAGGUGUGGGUCCUGUGGUCGCCGGGGUGUUUUCGGCCUUCUUCAUGCUGGCGGUCCUCAUGCUGCUGGUCCGCUGCUGCAGACAGAGCCACAAGCUGGGCCAGCUCAAGCCCUCCACCCUCCCUUUCAAGCUGAGGCAACAGCUCAGUUGUCCCUUCAGGGUGUCCCCGAGCAGUGGAACUGGCCACGCUAACCCAACGUUCAAGUUGCAGACACCCCAGGGCAAGCGGAAGGUGGCUAACACCCCCGAAACCCUCCGCAAGCCCUCCCAACCUCCUCCUCGGCCCCCUCCAGACUACCUGCAAGGCGGGUCCCCGCCCAUGCCGCCGCCAGCUCUUCUGAGCCGGGUUGCCAGGAGCUCCCCCGGGACCGGGGCUCAAGUAGAGAGAAAAGAGUCAUCCAGGAGGCCUCCCCCAACCCGCCCUGUGCCCCCUGCACCAAGCUGCCUGUUGUCCCAGGAUUUCUCGAGGCCUCGGCCGCCCCAGAAGGCGCUUCCAGCGAAUCCUGUUCCAGGCCGCAGGGCUGUCCUCAGGCCGCCCGGCGCCUCUCUGCCGCUGCUCCCCGCUGCAGGCCCUCAGCCGCCCCGGCCCGCGGCAGCCCCUGCUCCAAAGUUUCCUGAGUACAGAUCACAGAGGGCUGGAGGAAUGACUAGCUCGAGGAUCUAGAAUCAUCUGGAAGUUUCUUACUUGCCUCGAAGACUCUGGAUGCCAUGGAGGAUCCUCAGCCACGGGUCCAGCAGACACCUGCCUGGCCAGCUGGGAGCUCCUGCAGCCCUCCCAGAACACCACCUCUGCAGGACCUCCCUUCUUGACUCAGUGCCUCCCUGCUUCCUCCAAGGGGCUUCCACCCAGUGGGCUUCUAAGUGUUGUGGUUGUGCAAUAUACAGCUGGGACAGGGAAGAGAAGUGCGCGGCGGGGGCCAAGGUCAGCUUCUCCCUCGACCUCCCAGCCCAGAGCUGCCAAGGGAGCUGUUAGAAAAGCGUGGGCUAGCGAGGCCUUAGAGAAGCUGCCUGGCCCCUGGGCUUGGAGAAGCCAUCCACCCAAGACCCGUGGCGGCGGGUACGCAUGAGAGCUUGUUUCCCUCUGGGAACCCAGGCUGGACAGGGGCUGACCCUGACCUAUAUCCCUUGUGUUUAGGGACUGAGGAAAGGCCAGGCCAGUCACUGUUGUGGUGACAGCUCCCGGCCAGAUGUCUGCAUGUGACAAGCCAUGCCCCCCUGCCCCCAGCAUCCCCUUAUUCACGCGGGUCAUUGUGACUGAGACAGGUACUAUUCCUAGGCAGUGUAGACAGCAGGGGACGUGCUAGCCUGAGCCGCCUCUGAGCCGUGGUGCCAAAGGUUGCUAGGACUCUCAGAAUCUCGGGUUGUUCCUCCCCGGUGCUCCACGUCUUCCCUCCUCCUCCCCUCUGAAACCUACGGUGCUUUAUCCUGACUCCCGUGUGAGCGCACGCUGUGUCGUGCCUCAUGGAGUGGCCGCCGAACUAACUUUCCGUGCUGGAUCUCAUGCGUGUCAAGGCGAGCGGACUUGGGCCUGGGCGUGGGGGGUCAUGGUUUUGCGUGUCAUUGUUCUGUGGCCUCAGCAGGGUGAGGGUCGUCUUCCUUGCUCCCUGACCUACAUCUGUGUGAAGUUCUCCAGGGUGGCCACGGGUACACUGAAGGGCCAGACAGGUGGGGAACGUCAGCUGUUAGAAAGGAGGCCCAAGGGAGCCAGCCCCUGGCCACGAGCAGGGCGGAGACCUGUUUUGAUAGGCGUCAUCGGAGGCCCCUGGGGAAGGCAACCAUCAACAGCCAGGCUUCUAAUCCCUCAUCUCUUCUCUCCUGUUCUCUGCCCGUGCCUGACCUCUGGGCCGAUGGGGACGGGGCUCAGGUGGAUCCCAUUCCGCAUUCCACCCGAGGAACUCUUGCUCUCGGAAGCCUCCCCCACCACCACUUCAUUCUUCAUUCGCAACAGGUGCUGGAGUCAUGUGUCUGGAUUUGUAGACCAGCGGUAGAUGUAGGCCAGGGAGUGGAAAGAUCUCAGGAAAAUGCCCUUUCUCUUCCCUCAGGGUGCUUGUGCUAUUCCCACCCCGCCUUCCUCCCUCCUUGGCCCUCAGCCCAUUCCCCACUCACCGUCUUGCUACCCGAUUCCCACAGGAGACAACUGUCCUCUUAAGCUAUACACCAAAUGCCCAGUGCCUAGGGGCUGGUCCCAGAAAAUACCCCUUGAUGCCCCAAUCCGCUCCCUGAGCAGCUGCCCCGAAGCCCAGGGCCCACUCCCUAAGAUCUUCCUGUCAUGUGUACAGCCUUUCUCCCUCAGGCCAGGAGGCAGGUGGCUUUGAGUGACACUGCCACAGCCAUGGUGACUACAUGAGCCUUUUGAACCUUAAGUCCACUGCUCCUGCAGCUGUGACAGAAAGAGCUGGUUGUUUUCCUGCUUUUUUGUUGUUGCUUUUGUCCUUUUUCUUUUCUUUCUUUCCUUUUUCAUUAUUUUAAUACGACGUCCUCCAUCCCGUAAAGUUAUACUGUGAAUUGGAAAAUGGUGGCUUUUGAACCUGAUACGUAUGUUUGGCAGCCAUUCUCUGUACCAUUUCAUUCCUGGUUCUCUUCCCACAAGUCAGGGAGGCUGUGUGGGCUGGGUUGGGCGGGGGGAGUACAGUUGGCUACCAACCCCCUUUCCCUCUGUGUUGAUGUGUCCCAUACAGAUGCAUCUGGAUUUACAGAAGGAGGGACUUUGUUCCAAAGGACUGUCACAAGAAGAGAGAGUAGGGGCUGUUGUAAUGGGACAUUUUGGGGUAACUUCUCAUGUGUCUACAGGAGGAGAGCUUGUUAAGCCAGGGGAGGGGCUGUGUGCUCAUUCGCUGAGGCUGGGGGAAGGUCAAAGCCCAGGGUCUGGUGAGGCGGGAAGCUCAGCUGAGUUUUGGUCUAUUGAAUCAGCAAACACUUUACUCCGCUGGAAGAGGAUAGAAGCAGAAUGAGCCUCUCGCCAGUCUUAGAAACCUGACCCCAUUUCUACAAUAUCACCACUCCUGCCUCCCACCUGUAGGAGACCCCAUCUCUCCAAAAUGCAGCUUCCUGCUCACCCUCACGCCCUUGUAGCCUUGGCAGCUUGCGCCUGUAAAAGAAAAGCCCUUGUCUGCCCGGCUCCGGGAUGGUGUGGUCCACGUGCUCUCUGCAGCGCCACAUGCCAUCUCGCGGUAAUCCUUUCCCAUAAAGGCUCCUUGUGGGAGACUUUGUUAUUUGACAAAGGGUAUGCAAGGCUUGCAUCUCUGGAAUUAGAGGCCAGUUCUAAAGCUAGUGAUUGUCGAUCGCACGCGGGAGAGCCCUGCGAGAACGCCCUUGCAAGCUCGCGACUGCCAGCUGAAAAACGUGCCCCUCUCCCUAGGGAAGCCUGUUGGGAGAGGUUCUGGGGAUACAUGCCCUACACCCCCGGCGCCACUCAACUGUGUACGUACGUAUCUGGGAUCCAGGGCAAAUGUGAACCUUCUUUUUAUUUGGGAGAUUGCUCACAGGAAACAGACCUUCUUCUCUCUCUCUUGUCCGCCUAUUGAUUGUUUACAAAUAUUUGUACAUCUAUGCAAAAUACUUGAAUGGGCAGUGGUGCCUUUUUUUUUUUCUCCUUGUUUGUAUUUAAUUAAAAUGAGUUGUUUGUUAUUUGGAAUGUCA